AAUUUUUUGUUUUUAAUGUUUCUUUCAAGGACGAAGAAUAACAGGUACAGUGACAAAACGGGGGUAAACAAGUCUGACUUGAUCAAGCCCGAGACGAGGCCACAAGGAUGCCUUUCUACACGCCCCCAAACGUGUUGCAAAGUGUUUUUAAUUUUAUGUAAACAUUUAAUGAGCAUCACAUAAACACAGUCUAGUACAACGCAUCCAGCAAUGGGCGAUUCCAGCUCCUUUUUAAGUUCCCCACACUGGGCUCACACUGUGCAGGGUAGAAAUCUGCCCCGGGGCGGCGAGGGGUGGGGGUUCUACUGCUUCCCGCCCCUAAUCACGUGGGACCAAGUCCGCAUACUUUCGAUUGCUUCUGCCUGGGCAGAGCCGCCGGAAUCGACUGCUCCGGUCUGGCUCGUCCCCGGCGCGGGAAAACUUCCAAUCUCGCCCCGCGGCCGCCGAGACCCUCCACGUCCCUGAGCUGCCCGCGCUUCCUCCUACUUUUCCGUCCCGGGCUCCCGGCAUCGCACGAGUGGAAGCGGAGACGCUCAAGCCGCAGUCACCGUCAUGUCCGAGGCUUAUUUCCGGGUGGAGUCGGGUGCGCUGGGGCCUGAGGAAAACUUUCUGUCCUUGGACGACAUCCUGAUGUCCCACGAGAAGCUCCCAGUGCGCACAGAGACCGCCAUGCCCCGCCUCGGCGCCUUCCUCCUGGAGCGGAGCGGUGGGGCCGAGACUGACCACGCGAUCCCUCAGGGCUCCAAGCUUGAACUCCCCUUGUGGCUGGCGAAGGGACUUUUUGACAACAAGCGGCGGAUCAUUUCUGUGGAACUUCCCAAGAUCUACCAACAAGGUUGGAGGACGGUGUUCAGUGCCGAUGCCAAUGUGGUGGACCUCCACAAGCUGGGGCCACAUUUCUACGGGUUUGGCUCCCAGCUCCUACAUUUCGACAGUCCAGAGAAUGCAGACAUUUCCGAGUCCCUCCUGCAGACAUUCAUUGGACGAUUUCGCCGCAUCAUGGACUCCUCCCAGAACGCUUACAAUGAAGACACUUCAGCCCUGGUAGCCAGGCUCGACGAGAUGGAGAGGGGCUUGUUUCAAACAGGACAGAAAGGACUAAAUGACUUCCAGUGUUGGGAGAAGGGCCAGGCUUCUCAGAUCACAGCUUCCAGCCUUGUUCAGAACUAUAAGAAGAGAAAACUCACUGACAUGGAAGGCUGAAGGCCAGAAGAACACAGAAGUGCUCCUGGUGGAGUUACCACUGUGUGUCCUUGAAAGGAGCCUCGCUGGCCUUGUCUAGGACCAGAACCGUGUCCCAUGUCAUGGCUUAUUCCUGGCAGCAGUCCCAGGAGUGAGACCAUCUGGUUGGGACAUGCUGAAGGAUGUCCCUGGCCUGUAAGGCUUACAAAACUAUCCUAUCCUGCUGACCCACAGCCCAGGCCUACCUAACCCAUUCAUCCACAGCCAGGGAGAAACCUAAGUUCUCCAGAAAUAGGGGUAGUUAAUAUAUGCAUUGCAAUACAGUUGGAACUGGGAUCCCUCAUGCUUGAGAGUGUCACAGCCUCCCAUGUCCACUUUCAGUGGCUCCAAAGCACAGGUACAAAUGGGCCAUCUUAGCCUGCUCAUAAAUAUUCUCUCAAGCCUAACUGCCCCAUCUUCCUUGUGUUUGCCCAGAGGACGGCACCCCCAAGACACCAGCCUUACUUGUAUCUCCUGCCUCUGGGGAGUUACCAAUUUCCAAAAACAGUUGCCACAAAUAAAGGAGAAAAAGGAAAAGGCAGAUGAAUGGCAGGCCUUCUAAAGAGAAGGCAGUGCUUUCCUCCUCUGUCAUCAGGGCAGGGACUGAGUGUCUCAGAACUCAGCAGUCAGCCUGGGCGGGGGGGGG